AUGCACUACAUCAGGGAGCAUUUUGAAAGAACUCAGGUCAAGAUCAGCUUGAAGGAAGUUCCAGAACAGAUGUAUGGAGGAGCUCUUCCUGUUGCCAAGAGCAGGAAGACAAAGAGCAAAGCAUUAACUAAGGAAGAUUACUUGGUAGAAGAAGCUCUAAGAAAAUCUUCCAAGAGAACAAAUAAUGCUGAUAAGGAUAGUGUUGCAGCACCUAAACCCAAGAGAACUAAAACUGUCAAGACUGAAAGUUCGACUGUUUCUGCUUCUGAGGAAGUUAUUCAGAAGAAGAGAAACAAAGAGCCAGAGGUUCAAGAUGCUGCUAGGGAAGCUACUCUUCAAGCUAUUAGGAGCAAAAGAGCUAAGGGAGAAAGAAGUGUUAAGGAGCGAAUCAAGGAAGCUGCUGAACAGUUAAGAAGGGAAGAAGAGGACCCCAGUCUGAAGAAGGCUCAGAAGCCUGUGUCAUUGGAGACACCUUGCUUUAGACUCACCCCUGAGCAAGAACAGAUGACUAAGGAAAUUGUUGCUAAUGAGUUAGCCAAAAGAAAGCAUAUGGCUGAACUCUACAAGAAGAAGAGAGAUGAACAGCUCAAAGCAGCAGGGUAUAAUCUGGAUGCUGAGAAAGCUGCUGUGAUUGCUUCUCUAGCUACUGAAAUUGAAGAACAAACAGUUAAGGAAGGAACUGCUUUGUUAAAACAGGCUCUGAAAGCUAAAAACGUUUCAGGAGCAAAACCUUCAGAACCAGCAUCAGAAGCUACUAGAUCAGAAGCUCAUCCUUCAGGUAUUUCUUCAGAUCCAAAAGCUAAAUUCAAUGUUCAGACUUUUAACCUUCCAUCAUCACCCUCUUCAUCUUCAUCCACUAACUCAGAUGACAUUCCUCUGAGUCAGCGCAUCAAACAUUGUCUACCAAACUUCAAACCUUCAAAAACAACCCCUUCUGAUAUCCCAGACUAUGAUCAAAUGCAAAUCAAUUUCUCUCAACAGAGGAUAAAAAUCUGUGAGAAAUUGCCUGCUGAUCAUUUCUUCCAACCACCUAUCAUAGAACCUUUAAAUAUCCAACAACCAGAAACAAAUACAACACCACAAAAAGCCUCUAAAGUAGCUUCAGAAGCAGCCACUUCAGAAGACCCCCAACAACAUCAAACCUCAACCCUUCAUAACCUAGAAAAACACUUAGGAGGUGAGAUGCAACCAACCCCUACAAAGGCCUCUAAAACAGUACCUGAAAAGACUGUCUUAGAAAAUCAACAAUCAAAUACCCAACCUGAAACCUCAACCAGCCAAGAGCAAAGUGUUCCUGAACAAGUUGUUUCUGACCAAGAGCAAAAUGUUCCUGAACAAGUUGCCUCUGACCUACCCCAAACUAACCCUGAACAACAAACAGAAAAUCUUAACCAUUCACCAACUCAUAAUGAAACAACUCCUGAGCAACACACUACUUCUGACCAACCAUCUUCAUCUCACACAAAAUCCAUUCCAAAACCUAUGCCCAUCCCAGAUACCAUUCUAGAGUCUGAAUACAUUGAUGAAGAGCUUCAACGGUUUAGUGAUGAAAUUCAAGGACUUAUUCUUCUUAGAAAAGUGCCUUCACCUUCAAUUCACUAUAUAGACCAAUGGAUGAAUCUGAAAGCUGGGUUGAUGAAAGAUUUUACUGAGAUGCUGGAACUAAUAAGUGAAAAAUGCAUAACAACUCAAGCUGAAAUGCUUAAGAAGCAAUUGGAAGAUCUUCACUCAGCUGAGAAAGAGACAGAGGAAGACUCUCUACUUCUGAUAGCUAAUGCUCCUUUCUUUCCAGAAAGUGACUAUGUCUCAAGAGGUGACAGAAUUCUUCAAGGGAUGAAAAGGAGGCUUAAGGCUAAGAAUGAAGAAGUUCAGAAGGUCAAGCAGAAGUCUGAUACUCUGGAAGAAGUUGUGAAUAAGCAAGCAGAAGAACUGAAGAAUCAGUCUGAGCAAAUCAAGUACUUGAUGGAACAAGUCUCUAAGCUAGCCAAACCUUAG